AUGGGAGUCCCCGGCCCGAAGCCUAUCCUGCGGCUAACGAAUGAAGUCGUCGAGCGACCUUUCAAGCACCCGCGAGCCCCUGGCCACAGAUCGGACGGUGAAACCUUUGACCGAGUCCAGUCCAAGUCCCGUGACGAGGCAGGAGAGGAGCCCCAAAGUAGGGUUGGGAGGUGUUCGGCGACUCCAUCCGUCCUCAAGGACAUGGAGCCCAUGCUGGUGACCGCGGCUCUUGCAAGUAUGGUAAUACCGGGGGAGGUCAAGGAACAAGGCCACAUUGCAUGGAAGCUGCAGGCCUCGAGCUAUCGAGGCAGCCCGAGUCGAGCACUGCCAUGGGAGGCCUCGGCCGGUGUGAAUGGUUGCACGCCAUUUGAUCCGCAGAGAGGUUCACACCUCAAUUCCAGUGGGAUAGAGUGUCGUGGGCGUUCCAACAGUAUUUCUCCUAUCAGCAGCGGUCACAGUCGUCAGGGCCCGAAGUGA